AUGGCUUUUAAAUUGAUUAAACGUCAAAUGUCACAGUCAUGGAAACCAAGAUACUAUGAUAUUGGUGUAAAUUUUUCAGAUGCAAUGUUUCAAGGUUAUUAUAACGGAUCAAGUACGAAAAAGCAUCCAUGUGAUAUAGAAGAAAUUAUAAAAAGAGCUCAUUUAUUUAAUGUUGAAAAAAUGUUAAUUACUGCAUCUACGAUAAAGGAAAGUAAAGAACAUUUCAAACUUUGUAAAAAUUAUUCAAACCAAUUUUAUUCAACUGCUGGGGUACAUCCUUGCUCUGUUGCUGAAGAAUUUUAUGAAAAUGAAUUUACAUUACGAAAAGAUGUUGAUUCAAAAUUAGAAGAAUUAACAGAAAUUUUGAAAGAAGGUUAUAAAUUGAAUCAUAUAAAAGCAUUUGGAGAGAUUGGGUUAGAUUAUGAUAGAUUGCAUUAUUCAACGAAAGAUCAACAAACCACAAUGUUCCAAAAACAAUUGGAUAUAUUAACUAAAAUUGAUUUUAAAAUACCUUUAUUUUUACAUAUGAGAGCUGCAUGUGAUGACUUUGUCAAGAUAAUCAAACCAUACGUAGAUAGUGGAGUUAUACCUCGAGGGUUUGGAGUUGUACAUUCGUUCACAGGCACAGAGGAUGAGCUACAAAAGCUACUAGACUUGGGAUUUUAUAUAGGUAUCAAUGGGUGUUCAUUAAAAACAGAAGAUAAUUUGACAGUAGCUUCGAAGAUUCCCGUAGAUAAAUUAAUGAUUGAAACAGAUUCUCCUUGGUGUGAAAUUAGAAAAAGUCAUGCAAGUUAUCAAUACAUUACCCCAUAUCCCAACAUUUUUUAUCCUAAGAUAGAAUCAUCAACAAUAGAUCAAACUUCAAGUCUAGAAAAAUCAACAUUCAAGUUAGAUGAUCAUUUACUAUUUCCAUCAAUUAAAAAAGAACAUUAUCAAAAACAUUCGGAUUAUGUGGAGAGAAAUAAAUCAGAAGAUAGUGAACUUAGAUUUGGAAUACUAAGUUCUCCUAUGAUCAAAUCCAGAAAUGAGCCAGUUGAAGUUGGUAAGGUUGCCGAAGUAUUAUGUAAAUUGCAUGGUAUUACAGAACAAAAAGAUAUAGAAAUUUUUAUAGAUACUAUUUAUAACAAUUCUGUGAAAUUGUUUAAUAAUUAA